AAAAAAAAACUUUCACUUUAUUACUUGCGGCUGUUUACAGCCUCCGGCCGCCAUUGGAAUCUCUGUAAAACACUACCAAAGCCUCUCAAAUUUGUCCGUUAGUCCAAAACUCCGAUCCUAUCAACAACCCAUAAAACCCUGAAUCCAGUUUUUCAAAAUUUCCAACCCAUGAACUGAAAUUGAACUAAUUAGCCUAAUUCAUCUGAUUAUCAGAAUUGGGUCGAUGGAUUUUGUGGAAUUGGAGGCGAUCGAAGGGCUCAGAUGGUCGUGGAACUCAUGGCCAGCCUCAAAAUCCGAAGCCACGUCUCUGACAAUCCCUCUGUCUAUCAUGUGCACUCCAUUGAUGCAAAUCAGCGAGCUUCCACUACUCCAAUACGACCCUUUGAUCUGCACUCAGUGCGACGCUGUUUUAAACCCAUAUGCCCGCGUCGAAUACCUGCCCAAAAUCUGGGUUUGCCCCUUUUGUCACCGGAAGAACUCUUUCCCACGUUCGUAUAUCGGAAUCGGUGAGAAUAAUAUUCCGGCGGAGCUUUUUCCCACUUACAGUACUGUAGAAUAUCAAUUGGGUAAAAAGAACUUGUCCCAGAAUUCGAUUUUGAAUUCGAAUUGGGGAAAUGGGUUUGUUUCAUCGAAUUCAAUGUCAUCGAUGUCACUGAAUGCGUCGUUUUCAUCAUCGUCGUCGAUGUCGGGAUUGGAUGGGGUGGGGCCGGCGUUUGUGUUUGUAGUGGAUGCGUGUUCAUCGGAGGAGGAUUUGAGGGUGUUAAAAAGUGAGCUGUUGCUAGUAAUUGCGCAUUUGCCGGAGAAUUCUUUGGUGGGUUUGGUUGUUUUUGAUUCCAUGGUUAGGGUUCAUGAUCUUGGUUUCUCGGAUUGCUUGAGGGUCGUGGUGUUUCAUGGUGAGCGAGAGCUCUCUUCUCAUCAGACCAAACAGAUGCUGGGGAUCCAUCACAUGAAGGAACAACGACUUGGAAAUACGCCAGCAUUUCAAAAACAGGGUUUCCUUUUACCAGUAUCUGAAUGCGAAUUUAACAUCACAACAGCAAUUGAAGAUAUCCAUUCUUCAUCCCAGGUCCUUCGAGGCCAUCGUCCUCUACGGUCCACAGGGGCAGCAAUAUCAGUUGCUGUUGGACUUCUAGAAGGAUGCUUAGUUAAUACAGGUUCACGGAUCAUGGUCUUCACAUCUGGGCCGGCAACGGUUGGUCCAGGGAUGAUUGUGAAUUCCGAUCUUGGAAAUGCAAUCAGAACUCAUCGAGACGUGAAUAAUGGUUAUGCACCUUACUACAAAAAGUGUUUUGAAUUCUACAAACAAAUAUCACAGAGAUUAUUGGUAUCAUCUAUUGUUCUUGAUCUGUUUGCUUGUUCUCUUGAUCAAGUUGGGGCAGCGGAGCUAAAAACCUCUGUCGAGAGCUCAGGUGGAUUCAUGAUGUUAGGGGAAUCGUUUGAGUCAGAUCAAUUCAGAAAAUGCUUGCGUCACAUAUUUAACCCUGAUGAGGAAGGAAAUUUAAAAAUGUGUUUUGAUGCAACUAUCGAGAUAGUGACAACGAAAGAUGUGAAAAUCUGUGGAGCCCUUGGUCCUUGUGUUUCUCUUCGGAAGAAAAAUGAUUCGGUGAGCGAGAAGGAAAUAGGUGAGGGUGGUACUAAUUUGUGGAAGUUGGGUACACUCACUAAUAAAACAUGCAUCGGUUUCUUCUUCCAAGUGGGUGAUGAACAGAAGGUCCAACCGAGCUCUGCAUUCUUCAUACAAUUCAUAACUCGGUACAGACAUGGAAACAUGGGAAUUCGAAAAAGGGUAACCACCGCUGCAAGAAGGUGGGUAGGGAACCGCUCACCAGAGAUUGCAGCUGGGUUUGAUCAGGAAGCAGCAGCUUCAGUCAUGGCCAGACUUGCCAUCAACAAAGCAGAGAGGAGUUUUACUCGGGAUGUUAUCAGAUGGCUAGAUAAGAUGCUAAUUCGUUUUGCAUCUAAGUUCGGGGAUUAUGUGCAGGAAGAUCCAUCUUCCUUCCGUCUUUCAUCCAACUUCUCCCUAUACCCACAAUUUAUGUAUUAUUUAAGGAGGUCACAGUUUAUUGAUGUCUUCAACAGCAGUCCUGAUGAGACAGCUUUUUUCCGGCUGAUGUUAAACCGAGAGGCUGUGGUUGGAUCUCUCAUCAUGAUCCAACCUACCCUUUUCCAAUAUUCGUUUGAUGGGCCACCUAUUCCAGUUCUGCUUGAUGUUUGCUCCAUCGCCCCAGAUGUGAUUUUGCUGUUUGAUUCCUACUUCUAUGUGGUUAUUCACUAUGGAUCCAAGAUUGCUCAGUGGAGGAAGCUUGGUUACGAAAGGGACCCGAACCACGAGAAUUUCCGAAAGCUGUUGGAAGCCCCAGAGGUUGAUGCGGAGCAACUGGUGGCUGAACGGGUUCCGGGGCCAAAACUUGUCAAGUGUGACCAACACAGCAGUCAGGCAAGGUUUCUUCUUGCUAAGUUGAAUCCAUCUGUUACACAAAACUCAACAUAUACUGAUGGUUCGGACAUUAUAUUCACUGAUGAUGUAAGCUUGCAAGUUUUUGUUGAGCACUUGCAAGCUUUGGCCGUGCAGGGCUAAAUGGUGUGUUGUAAAUAUUUUAGCUGUUUUUUUUUUUGUAGUCAUACGGAAAUAUUUGUUGUAUAUUACUUUAUGAGUAAAGGGGUGAGCUUGUUUUC